UAUAUGCGACAUGUUCCUCUCUUUGCUCAAGGCUGUUGCCUGUAUAGUGGUGGCCUGUCCUGUCCCUGAGAAGCUCUGGCAUAUGUGGUGUGGCCAUCCAUUGGUCUCCUCCCUGCCCCCAAGCUCUGACUCACUGGGGUUUUGUGCUCAGAUUCAAAGCGUUCCAUUGACUGCAAGGCUGGGGUCAGUUUCCCCCCCUGCAGCCUGGUCUGCGGGUGGUACAACAGUCAAAUGUCAAUGGGCCUAGCUGUUGGACAGCAGGGCCAGGAGUGUAGUAACAGCUGAACAGUAGGAGACCAGCAGUAUCCCUUCUCUUAGCCGGGACCCGAGGCUCCUCACCAAACAAGUAGUCUACUCCUAAGGCUCCUAGGAUCUUCAAAUUCCCCCUCCCCAGAGAAGCCUGUGGAUGCCAAGUGGCAGAGGGACCUCACCAGAGGGAUGCUUGCGAAGCCUGCUGACUUACUUGGGUGGUCUGGGAAACAUAGUCAACGGUUUCCUUCAGCUCAGCCCUCAGCCUAUGGUGUGGCCACAGAGGGAUGGGAGGGGCGAGAAGAGGAGGAAGAAGAGAGGGAGUGGAUUUAGGAUCUGAAGAGGAGUGGAUCUCCUAAGCAGGGAAAGGCACAGGGACAACCAACAACAUAAAAGCAGCUGGCUGUCAGCAACCAAGAGCUUGCACUGCAAGGUGCCCAGGGGAGAAGCAGCAGGGUAAUAAAGUGGCAGCGCUUGUGAAGGAAGUAAGAGGUGGCGGCCAGGGCACUGUGGAGGUACACAGAGGCUCCACACUGCAGCACCUCUUCUUGACUCCCUGAUCUCUGAACUAUCAGGCCACAGGAGCCCUAGCAACAUGACAGACUUUGUACAGGAGAUGCGCUCUGUGGGUGAGAGGCUGCUGUUGAAGCUGCGAGGACUGCCCCAGGCUGAGCCUGUGGAGCUUGUGGCCUUCUCCAUCAUCGUUCUUUUCACAGCUACUGUCCUGCUGCUGCUGCUGAUAGCCUGCAGCUGCUGCUGUGCUCACUGCUGCUGCCCUGAGCCCAGAGGCAGGAAGGUCUAGGUGCAGCCCAUGUCACCCAGGAUGAGGGGCAACAGAAGCUGGACAGGAGCCUUCCAGAACUGUACCACCAGAUGUCUUCAUGGCCCUGAGGCCUUCACUCCUCCAGACAAAGAUUCCCUGGCCCCAGUUCUGCCACUGCCCAGGUGACACAACACUGAUGCCUGGAGCCUUAUCAAGGAAACAAGGGCAGGUACAGGCACAAAACUCCAGCUGUCAGUGGACACGAGUGCCAAGGAGGAGCCAACUGCUUCAAAGACUCAGGAAACCACCUAGGUCCUUUGCUAAGCACUUUUUAACAAACCAUGGAUGUAGGGGCCCCCACACUUCGAUGGGGAACAGCCCAUCCUUGUGGGGAGCUGGUCCUUGGAGCUCUGUUGAUUUAUGCCAAAGAGAAGAAAGCCAAUUAGAGAUUUUGUGCAUUUACUGGACUCCACACCUCCUGCUGAGGGGGAAUGUGUCGUGUCAGAAUUCUAGCUGAAAUUUGUCUGCUUAUUCCUAAGUAAAAGCUUUUUGGUUAUACGUUUGUAUUGUUGGGUUGGGCUCUGUGCAUCAGGGGUGGUGCCAGAAUUCCAAGGGCAUGACCAGUGACUAUUCAUUCCAGGCUGUUGCUCUCCCUGUGCCGGUGA